AUGGCUCUGCUGGACUCGCAUGUGGCUCAACGUGACCUGGGCGAAUUUUUCGAGGAGUAUUUGGGACAAGAUACUGUGCUAGAUGUGCGGGUUGAAGUGGAUCCUAAGACAGGUCUGACGAAAGGUAUUGGAUAUGUGGAAUUGGCUCGUGAAGAUCUAGUCCCUAAGGCCGUGGAACUUACAGGUAAGCGCAUGUUUGGUGCGCCCAUCGUCGUCCAGCGCGCGGAAGCGGCGGCGAAAAACUACUCUGUGCAGCUGUAUGAACCUCCCCGAUCAGCUGGGCCAUCAAUGCCCGCGCCUGUAUCCAUGUCUGCUCCGACAGGCCCAAUCCUGCCGCCAGCACAUGCUAUUCCCGGUGGUCCACCUGCUUCAGCCAACCCAGACGCGCGUUUGUAUGUGGGAAAUCUGCACUUUGAUAUUGCCGCACCCCAUGUGCGCGCUGUGUUUGAGCCCUUCGGUCAAAUUGACGAUGUCGAAGUCAACUUCAACUACAUAACUGGCAAAAACAAAGGAUUCGCAUUCGUUCAAUUCCGACGACCCGAGGAAGCACAGCAAGCUAUUGAACAACUUAAUGGUUUCGAGCUUGCAGGUCGCGCUAUGAAGGUCGGACUGGCCGGCGUUCGGGGUGGUGGUACCGAUAUCUCCGGCUCUACUGAUUCACAAAAAGAAUAUUCUCGCGAUACCAUGCGUCAAACCGAUAAAAGGUUUGCGCUUAUGGAAAAGCUUGCGAGAACUGACUCAGAGAAACAGGCUCGACCCUCUUCGAUUCCUGAGGCUGUGUCGUCGGCCAUAUUACUCAAGUAUAUGUUUAACCCUGCUGAAGAAACUGAUCCGAAUUGGGCUGCGGACCUUCGGGAAGAUGUGCGCGAUGAAUGCGCCCGUCAUGGCGACGUGCGCCUCGUGUAUGUCGACAAGGACAGCGCCGAUGGCGAAGUUUAUGUAUGCUUUGCCGAUGAAAAUCAAGCCCAUUCGGCGCGGAAAAGCUUGGAAGGUCGUUUCUUUGGUGGCAAGCAGAUUCAAGCCAACUUCAUUCCCGUAGCUUUUGCCAAAGCUAAGGCUGGCUGGUAG